AUGACUUUUCACUUUUCUAUAAUUUUUCACAUUCGAUUUACUAACACUUUUUUAGACAACACCAAGUCCAACCAGAUCAAGGUCAUUAAGACCCCAGGUGGUGUUCUGAGAGCUCAACACACCAAGAAGAGAGGUACUACCCCAAAGUGUGGUGACUGUGGUAUCAGUCUGCCAGGUGUCGUUGCUCUUAGACCAAGAGAAUUCUCCAGAGCUAAGAAGAGUGACAAAUCUGUGAGCAGACCUUACGGUGGUUCCAGAUGUGGUAACUGUGUCAAGGAAAGAAUCAUCAGAGCUUUCCUGAUCGAAGAGCAAAAGAUUGUCCAAAAGGUCUUGAAGGAACAGGCCGAGAAAGAAAAGCAGGCUGAACAAAACUAG